CCAUCUAUCAGCUGCUGCUCUCUGUGGGCUAAAGCCAGGUAGGAAACUAGAGAGACAGGCUGGGCGUAUACUGCAGCACAUUGGUGGCUAAGUGUGUAUGAGAGAGUCGGUUUACACCGACACAGUCAGUGAAGUACAGAAGGGUGGAGUGGAGAGGAGCUCAGUGGGAUUGUGAGUGUGCAUGGAGGAGUGUGAGAGACAUUUAACCACUCCAGACCAUGAACAUGAAGCACCGGAGGUUCUCCCUUGACAGCUCAGUGUCCCUGGAGGAUGGUGAUGGAGAUAAUCUGCUGGACCAGAGGAGAGGCAGCCGCAGUAGGCCUAAGAAGAGUGGAGAGAGAAGGAAAAGCCACAGUCUAGAGGAGGCACAACUAGAAACACAGGGGCUGGGAUGCAGCCUGAACCGGAGCAACUCACUCAGGUCACAGACCAUAGAGGAGGAGAGCUUCCAUCGGCCUGAUGGCGUCAUUGUCACAAAAAAUAGCUUUGUGAAAUACAACAAAGCCUUUCACAAACUCUUCGAAGACAUUCCUGCAGAGGAGAAACUAACUCAUGCGUUCACCUGUGCCCUGCAGAAGGAAGUGUUGUAUCAUGGGAAGCUAUUUGUGUCUGUCAACUAUGUGUGUUUCUACUCCUCCGUACUCCUCAAAGACACCAAGGUGGUGGUUCACGUGUCCAGCAUUAAGGAAGUGAAAAAGCAGAACUCAGCCUUGUCUAUGCUCUCCAUCCACACUACGGAUGGAGACAAGUAUUUGUUGGUGUCUUUGCGGAACCGGCAAGUGUGUUACAAAAUCCUGCAGACUGUGUGUACACAAGCACAGACUGUGUUCACACAGCAGCAGGGGGAGCAGGGGGAGAAUGGUAGCAGCAGUUCCCACGUCUCGCCAGGAGAGAACGGUGUUGUCGACGUGAAUCAGGACAUAGACACGAUAUCUAGCCACACUAGCCUGGAGGACAGUAUGGAGCAGAGCCUUCCUAAAGAGACUGUCUACUCUGACCUGCCCAGCAGAGGGAGGGACAGCUCCACUCCUAGAAGCAGCAUCAGCAAAGACCAGGACGAUCAGUUCACAUUCACAGAGGAGGAAGACUCGGCUAACUCGUGUUUUUGGAGAGUCACUGAAAGGAUUAAAUCUCUCCUCCUCAUCAGAGAGAUGAGCAACCUCAACGUCCUCCUCUCCAUCUAUCUGUUUCUAAAUGUUUUGGUGCCCUUUCCCAGAUUUGUGCAACAACACAAUCCUGUCUCUGAGCUCUAUGGACAAUUUCUUCGACCUCAUGGUUUUUGCUCUGACAUGCAUUGUCAACUGUGGGACCUUGUAUAGACAGGAGUGUGCCUUUCAAAAUCAUGUCCAAUCAAUUGAAUGAACCUCAGGUGGACUCCAAUCAAGUUGUAGAAACAUCUCAAGGAUGAUCAAUGGAAACAGGAUGCACCUCAGCUCAAUUUCGAGUUUCACAGCAAAGGGUCUGAAUACUUAUGUAAAUAAGGUGUUUCUGUUUUGUUUUUUUUUCAAAUUUGCAAAACUUUCUAAAAACCUGUUUUUGCUUUGUCAUUAUGGGGUAUUGUGUGUCGAUUGAGAAGAAAUGGUUUAAUUUAAUCAAUUUUAGAAUAAGGCUGUAACAACAAAAUGUGGAAAAAGGGAAGGGGUCUGAAUACUUUCCGAAUGCACUGUAUAGCCUCGUUAUUGUUAUUGUGUCAUUCUCUUGUUUUACUUUAGUUUAUUCAGUAAAUAUUUUGUUAGUUCUUAAUUUUCUUAAAACUGCAUUGUUGGCUAAGGGCUUGUAAGUAAGCUUUUCACAUUAAGAUGUUAUAUUCGGCAUGUGACAAAUACAGUUUUAUUUUAUUUUAUUACAUUUAUCUAGCGCUCUCAUGAGUGUUUUGUUCUGAUCUUGUUCAUUUUCAGACGUGCAUCUACACAUGAUUUUCAAAUGUCUCUUAUCUAUCCAUGGUGUUAUCUAUCCAGAUUUCCUGGUCCCUUUGGCUAUAUAAUCACCUUUUCAAGGAAAUGCAGGUGUCUGCCUAACAGUCUGUCUGCUUCGGUAUGUUGUCUUUCUGGUUUGGUUUGGAGCCAUCUGAUGUUUAUAUGAGGUUAAUUUCUGGAGAGAUGGUUAGAUACAGUACCUUCAGAAUGUAUUCACACCCCUUGACACUUUCCACGUUUUGUUGUGUUUCAGCCUGAAUUUACAAUGGAUUAAAUUGCAAUACCCCAUAAUGUCAAAGUGGAAUUAUGUUUUUCACAUUUUUUACUAAUUAAUAAAAACAUUAAAGCUGAAAUGUCUUGAGUCAAUAAGUAUUCAACCCCUUUGUUAUGACAAGCCUAAAUAAGUUCAGGAGUAAAAAUGUGCUCACCAAGUCACAUAAUAUGUUGCAUGGACUCACUCUGUGUGCAAUAACAUGAUUUAUGAAUGACUACCUCAUCUCUGUACCCCACACAUACAAUUAUCUGUAAGGUUCCUUAGGUCGAGCAGUGAAUUUCAAACACAGAUUCAACCACAUAGACCAGGGAGCUUUUCCAAUGCAACGCAAAUAAGGGCACCUAUUGGUAAGUGGGUAAAAAAGCAGACAUUCAAUAUCCCUUUGAGCAUGGUGAAGUUAUUACACUGAACAAAAAUAUAAACACAACAUGUAAAGUGUUGGUCCCAUGUUUCAUGAGCUGAAAUACAUUUUCCAUAUGCUCAAAAAGCUUAUUUCUCUAAAAUGUUUUGCACAAUUUAAUUUAUAUCCAUGUUAGUGAGCAUUUCUCCUUCGCAAAGAUAAUCCAUCCAACUGACAAGUGUGGCAUAUCAAGAAGCUGAUUUAAACAGCAUGAUCAUUACACAGGUGCACCUUGUGCUGGGGACAAUAAAAGGCCACUCUAAAAUUUGCAUUUUUGUCACACGACACAACGCCACUGAUGUCUCAAGUUGAGGGAGCAUGCAAUUGGCAUGCUGACUGCAGGAAUGUCCACCAGAGCUGUUUCCAGAGAACUUAAUGUCAAUUUCUCUACCAUAAGCCGCCUCCAACGUCGUUUUAGAGAAUUUGGCAGUACGUCCAACCAGCCUCACAACUGCAGACCACAAAUAUGGCGUCAUGUGGCGAGCGGUUGUCAACAGAGUGCCCCAUGGUGGCGGUGGGGUUAUGGUGUGGUGCCUAAUGCAUUUAUUUCAAUUGACUGAUUUCCUCACAUGAACUGUAACUCAGUCAAAUUAAUGAAAUGGUUGCAUGUUACAUUUAUAUUUUUGUUCAGUUUGAUUACACUUUGGAUGGUGUAUCAAUAAACCCAGUCAAAGAUACAGGUGUCCCCUAAUCUGUGGAUUCCCGUGAGUGGGAAUAUAGAUAUGCAUCUGUUGGUCACAGACACCUUAAAAAAACAUGCACCUCACAAUGGGCCUCAGGAUUUGGUCACAGUAUUUUUGCGCAUUCAAAUUGCUAUCGAUAAAAUGCAAUUGUGUUCGUUGUCUGUAGCUUAUGCCUUCCUAACUUGCCGGAGAGGAAGGAAACCAUUCAGGAAUUUCACCAGGAGGCCAAUGGUAACUUUGAAACAGUUACAGAGUUU